AUGUUAAGAAAUAAUAAUCUUUUCUCAGAGGUUGAGAGUUUUUGUUAUACUACCGACGAUUGCUCAGAUCCGAUGAUGAUUUGUGUUGACCAUCGAUGUCAAUGUUUAAAAGGAUGUGUCCGAUUGAACAAUAAAUGCUACCGAGUAAGAGGAGGUUCUUGUACUGAGUCAUCUAACUGUAUGUCCACCCAUUUAGAAUGUCGAAACAAGACAUGUACCUCGGUUAAUGAAUUUAAAGAAGGAAAUUGGACUUGUCACAAUAAAUCGGGAGCUACUGUUUGUUGGGGAAAUGAAAUGUCAAAAGGAUCGCCGAACAUUCUCUGCCAUGCAAUUCAUAACUAUUUUUCAGUUGCAGGAUUCCUUAAGCCCAAUGAAAAAAUAGUUUGGAAAAACAGCAAUAUCAAGUUUGAUAAUACCGUCUACGGUGGUCCGGAUGCUGACAGCUGGUAUCACCUAUACCUUAUAUGCCAAACUGAGCACAACCAUACCAAGUACAUUGACCAUUGGACAAUUGCUUAA